UCUUACACACUUACAGGUUUGUAUCUACAAGGAAUUGUAAAUGUUCCUUAUAGAUGCAUUCAUCACAGUCUAAUUUACUUAGAUCAGAAACACUUUAAGAGGAAGCACACACCCUCUUCCUGUCAAGCUCAUGAAACUGUAGCUCAAGCGUUGCCCAAGAAGUGACAUUUAGAAUAGAAGAUAACCAAGCACAGCCAUUGCAAUGGAAAACAUGACUUGUCCAAAAUUUGACUCUUCUUAUUUCAGAUACCCCCUGUUCACUUCGGUGUAUAGCGUUGUUCUUAUGCUAGGUUUGCCAUUAAAUGGGAUUGCUUUGUGGAUUUUCUUGAGAAGAUUGGGGCUCCAUUCUGUACCAGCCAUUUAUAUGGCCAACUUAGCACUGUCUGACCUUCUCUUCAUCAUUUCUCUACCUCUGAGGAUCUACUACUUCGCAACGGCUCGCUGGCCAUUUGGAGACGCUAUGUGCAUGAUACCAGGGACAUUGUUUUCAGUAAACAUUUACUCCAGCUCCCUCUUCAUCGGCUUGAUCAGCCUGGACCGGUUCCUCGCUGUCGUGUAUCCGUUGCGGUCUCGUGCUCUUCGAACCCCAGGCUUUGCCAGACUGGCCUGUGGGAUGGUCUGGCUGUUAAUUCUGGCAUUAGGCAUCCCCAUCGCGUUGAACCAUGGGACAAAUAAAGACGCCUGCAACAUCACCCGUUGUUUUGAGUCUUAUUCUGAGACAAACUGGAAAUUUGGAUUUGUUAUACUUUGUCUCAUAACAGGGUUUGGAAUAAUCGUUCCACUUGUGAUCAUCGCAUUCUCCACUGUGUUGGUUAUAAAGACUCUGCACAGCCGCAGGGUCCACUCCACAGUGUUUAAAAAGCACAAGAUCGUCUGGAUGUUCAUUAUGAAUCUGCUCAUGUACGCCGUGUGCUUUGUGCCCUUUCAUGUUGCAUUCAUACUGUAUGCUUUACAUAAGCUGAAGUACCUCCAGUACAAUUUCUUUGAUGCUCAAACAAUUACAAUGUGCAUAGCCAGCAUGAACAGCUGUCUGGACCCUAUCAUUUACUAUUUUACUGCUGAUGCUUUCUGGAAGAAAAAGCAGGAGGACACGAUGCUGACAUCAAUGAAAACAGUAUUAUAGGACCAGUAAGCAUAUUAUUUGCAAGCUUAUUAAAAAAUAAAUAAAUAAUGAUGCAUUUUAUAUACAGUGUGAGUUAAUGCACAGUUCCACUGCUUGACAUUGUUCCUGGAAUAGCCAGGUCAGUCUCGUGCAAUGCUGCGAGACUGCUACGCAGUUGGAUUACUUCUAAAAGUGAUGUUAAUUGUAUUUAAUGUUAUUACACGGGAGCUAAAGUUACAUAUUACUACAGGGGAAAAGGGAUUGAUCGUGUUUCUAAGAUAAUUUUGUUUUAUUUUGUUCAUUAUUUCAUUCAUUCAGUUCAUUAUUAUUUUUAGUGAUGACAAAACAGCUGUUUCUUAUAUUUUAACCCAAAUGAGCGUCUCUUUCUCAUUCAGAAAUAUCACAUUAGGUAGAUUAAAACCUUGAUUAUCCAAACUUCAGUUAUCCUGGCAGCAUUUAUCCGAGCCUCUUAUUAACCUGUCUAGCUGUGUACAGUGUUCCUCUGCCUUGUUUUAAUAGAAAAUGUGUUGUUUUACCCGCAAUCUCAUGUAUUUAAAACGCAGCACUGUAUCUUCCGUUUUUAAAGGUAAAGCAGGUGUAUUUUUUUUGAGGUUUCAAAUAGCGGCUGCACUGAGUUUUUAGUUUUUUUUUUCCACUGUAUGGUUUUUAAAUAUAUUAUAGUGGGGGGGCCAUAGCUAACAAAGCAGAACUAGUAUAGAAUGCAUGCUGCAAAACACUUUAGAAACUUAUCAAAAAAAGCAGCUGGACUACAUAUUUUGCUCUGCACUGCUUUGCUCUGCUUGUAUGUACAGGCUCCUACUCUUCUGGUAUUUUACCAUAUUGUGCAUGCUUGGUAUCUGCAAUAUUGCCUGUUUCACUUCCCCCAUAACUGAGAACAAAGUGGUUUAUUUUGGUUGCUCUUUUAACAGUUUAGUAGUUUGUAUUUUGUACCACCAGUGUCAAACUUCUGCAUAUGGAAAACCUAUACUGAUGCCCUAAAGAAACGCAACACUUAGGUCUAAUGGAUUUUAAUCAAAUAUUUUAAACACAUACACCAAACAAAAUCACAGAAAAUGUGAACCAAAAUGCAGAUCAAGGAAUCAUGAUAAGUUUUCAGUAUGAAACAUGACACACUGUCAAAAUGAAAACAUUACAAAAUUAUUAUUGGGUAUGACCUCCAUGAGCACUAACCCAAUCCUGGCAGUGUUGACGCAUAGACCUGAUCAGCCUCUGGAUAGACUGCUGUGGGAUGUUCCACCCCUCUUCCUG